CCCUCCAACUACUGCUUUGUACCAAACAUACAGUUCAAUAUGGUCAAGCCUACAUUUCUUGCGCUACUGGCGCUAACCUCCCCUGUUUGGUCAAUGCCCCAGACCGCGGCCACCAAUCUCGCCAAAUGUACCGACUGGUGUUACAAGAACUACCCCAAUCCGUCGGCCACCUGCGUGUUCCCUGCGUUGACCGGACAGGGCCCGUGUUAUGUCUGCGGCCCGUUCAAGACCUCGCAGUCACAGCAACUGUGUAACGGAGCUUGCACAGAUACAAACACUGAUUCGAAGAAUUGUGGCGCCUGCAAUAACGCGUGCCAAAAUGCUGGGAAAUGUACCCUGGGCAAGUGUUGUAAUCCCGCCGGUACCUUCGGGUGCACUCUCGAUAAUUUUAUAAAGUUUUGUUGUCCGCUGGAUGCCUCUGGAAGUACAGGGUGUUAUUUUGGAGUUAACCCAACAGGCACAUGCCUUUGAGAGCUGUUGGGAAUAGGCAAAAGGAGAUGCCGGAAGCGACGUUCAUUCUACAAUACUGUCUUUGAAGUUCUUUGCACCAAACGUGACUCUCUGAUAGUUCUGUAUAUCAUUAUUUAAUAGGUG